CCGGCACAUUGCAAAAGCCGUAAGGGUAUCCUCAUUUUGGGUUCUAUCGUAUCCCCGAUGCCGUUCCCAUACAAUAUAAUGAUAUACCACUACCGCUCACCAACAAAGAAGACAAAGACGAGUAAAGAAGUUUACUGAGCAGACACAGGUCGGCAAUGUAGAGUCAAAUUCGAAGGACUUGGUCUAGACCUACUGCAUUUCUUUCAUGUACUGCUUACUAAUAUAUAUCAGCGGAGCGUCUAUACAUCGCGCCUGGACAUGCAAGGUCUCCUCCCCCCUCCCCCCACUGUCUGGCAAGACAAGAAAAUAUCUCAGUUAUUUCAUGUCGACCCAGCAGGGUGUUAUGCCUCCCCCUCCUGGGGUGGAGCCCAACUUUGUCAGUCCAGAGAAUCACUACUACGCAUCUACCACCGCUUUGAUAAUGCGGCUCUAUACUAGGCGGUUCGUCAUACAGGCUUCAUUGGGGAUUGACGACUGAAAGUACUCCUACAUGUGCACGCGAACGAUGUGACUGAAAGCAAUGUUGGUAGAUUUCUGCGUUAUUGGUUAUGCUUUAAAUUGGGCAUAGGAUGUCACACAUGGAACAUUCCGCUGAGCAGGAUGCGAACGAUAACUCGG